AUGAUUUAUUUGAAAACAUUAUUGAAUGUCAUAGACAACUCAGGAGCCCAAGUUGCUGAGUGUAUUAAAGUCUUACGUCAUGGACCUCGAAAUUUUGCUAAAGUUGGGGACGAAAUUACAGUAGUUGUGAAGCAAGCUAAACCACUUCUGUCUGAAAUAACUGGACAGUCCGCAAAUAACAGAGUUAAGAGAAGGGAUAUUUGCCGUGCAAUUGUGGUUAGGACAAAAGCUCCGUAUAGGAGACCCGAUGGAUCGACAGUAAGAUUUGACGAUAAUGCAUGUGUCUUAAUCAACAAGAAUGGUGAUCCACUUGGAACCAGAGUUUCGUCUCUUGUGGCCAAGGAGUUGAGAGAUUUGAAAUACAACAAGAUUGUGUCGUUGGCACCAAAAACUUUCUGA